CAAACCUUCCUCGGAAAAACCCUUCUCCGAUUCAUCGAAAAACAAUGUCCAGUUCCGACAGGUUACCGAUCCGAGACACCCGGCCGCAGCAACAGCCCGUCAAACACCACCACUCUGCUCGCUACUACGCGCAGCGUGUUCGUGAAAGCUUCACCACUAGAGUGACCAAAGUACUAUGCGCCAUUUUCUUGUCAUUCCUUUUAGUUGCUCUAAUUGUUUUCUUCAUUGUAUGGCUUAGUUUACGCCCUCAUCGUCCAAGGUUCCAUAUGAUAGAUUUCACGGUUCCUGGUUUGGCUCAAAAACCAGGGCUGGACAAUGCUGUCAUAACGUUCAAUGUCACAGCCAGAAACUCCAACCAGCAUAUUGGAAUCUAUUACGACUCAAUGGAGGGUUUCGUUUAUUACAAAGAUAAACAAAUCGGGUCAACCCCAUUGUUGCACCCGUUUUUCCAAGAACCGAAGACAACUACGGUUGUGUACGGUCAGUUCGGUAUUGGUACAGCUACGCUUGCUGUGAACAGCAGGCGGUGGAAGGAGUUUGUGAAUGAUAGGCAACAUGGGACUGUGCAUUUUCGAUUAGGUAUAAUGUCGGUGAUUAGAUUUAAGGUUUCGACAUGGAAGAGUGUGCACCAAAAAAUGCAUGUAAAUUGUGAUGUUGCUGUUGAUUCAGAUGGGUUGAUAUUGCCGGCUUGGAAGAACAGGAAAUGUUCUGUCUAUUUCAGUUGAUUCUUUGCAUUUUCAUUUCUUGUUUAUUUCAUUUGAUUUGUAAUAUUUUUAUGUUUAAUGGAAUUAUGA